AUGCCGUGCUCCUGCGGGAACUGGAGAAGAUGGAUCCGACCACUGGUGGUCUUCCUCUAUAUUCUACUCUUACUGGUGGUCUUACCCCUGUGCAUCUGGGAGCUGCAGAAAUCAGAGGUUGGAACUCACAAUAAAGCCUGGUUUAUUGCUGGCAUAUUUGUCUUCAUGACCAUACCUAUAUCAUUAUGGGGGAUCCUCCAGCAUUUAGUGCAUUACACCCAGCCUGAACUUCAAAAACCUAUUAUCAGAAUAUUAUGGAUGGUCCCAAUCUACAGCGUGGACAGUUGGAUUGCGCUCAAGUAUCCCAACAUAGCCAUUUACGUGGACACAUGCAGGGAGUGCUACGAGGCCUUCGUCAUCUAUAAUUUCAUGACGUUCCUGCUAAACUACUUGGAGAACCAGUACCCCAGUCUGGUGAUGAUGCUGGAGGUCCAGGAGCAGCAGAAGCACCUACCCCCCCUCUGUUGCUGUCCCCCGUGGCCUAUGGGAGAGGUGCUGCUGUUGAGGUGCAAGCUUGGAGUUUUGCAGUACACCGUGGUCAGACCCGUCACUACAGUAAUUGCUUUGAUCUGUCAACUCUGCGGCGUGUACCACGAGGGAAACUUCAGCUCCAAAAACGCAUGGACUUAUCUUGUGAUCGUCAACAACAUGUCACAGCUGUUUGCCAUGUACUGCCUGGUGCUGUUCUACCGAGCUCUGAGAGACGAGCUGAGUCCCAUCAGACCGGUCGGAAAGUUCCUCUGCGUCAAGAUGGUGGUCUUUGUGUCUUUCUGGCAAGCUGUGUUUAUUGCCUUACUGGUGAAAGCAGGAGUCAUCUCAGAGAGUCAUACCUGGGAUUGGAACAACGUGGAAGCGGUAGCCACGGGUUUGCAGGACUUUGUGAUCUGUGUGGAGAUGUUCCUGGCGGCCAUCGCACACCACUUCAGCUUCACGUACAAGCCGUACAUCCAGGAGGCUGAGGAGGGCUCCUGCUUCGACUCCUUCAUGGCCAUGUGGGACAUAUCCGACGUCAGGGCCGACAUUUCGGAGCAGGUUCGCAAUGUUGGGAGAACAGUUAUGGGCCGUCCCAGGAAAUCCUACUUCGGCGAGGACGAAAACGACAGCGAGCGCUCCGGCCUCCUGUCCUCCGCCUCUCAAGACGCCAUAACGGAGCAGCUGUCCCACUCCUCCUCCAAGGGUCAGUACGAGGGCCUGGGCCGGACUCACACCCCUCACUCCGUCUCGGCCCCCGCGGGACUCAGCUCUGCCCACUGGGACGAGGGCUACGAGGCCACGGUGGAAGACUCCCAGGAGGAGGCGCCUCGCACGGACCAAAGCAGAGAGCCAGCAGAGGGCGAUCUCAUAGCGAUAAAUGAAUAG